UGACAGUUGACGUUUUUAAGACACAUUCGAUCCAAAAUAAAGCAUUUCACAAUUUCACGUAGUUUUCGCAAAAUAAAAGUAAUUUUUAGUUAUAAAUUUAACAAGAUAAGUCUUUUUAAACAUGACUACAGCUGCUCGACCUACAUUCGAACCAGCGAGAGGCGGAGGAGGACGAAAUGAGAAAGAUCUCAGCGCCAUUUCAAGACAAUAUUCCAGCAGAGAUCUUCCAGGACACACUAAAUUAAAAUACAGAGAGCACGGGCAAGGAACAAUCGAUGAAACCCGUACGAGGGAUUUCCGCAAAGAGCUCGAAGACCGCGAGCGAGACAAGAGAUCCGGAGCGAGAGCGAGCGAUCACAGUAAGCGGCUGAAAAUAGACCAAGUACCCGCCGCUAGCUUGGAUGCGGACGAUCCUUUAGACGAAGAAGACUCCGAUAGUAGCGACGAGGACGACGACACGGAAGCCCUGCUGGCCGAAUUGAACAAAAUCAAGAAAGAACGAGCGUCGGAGAUGGCCAAAAAGGAGAUAGAAAGGAAGCAGGAAGAGGAGAGGAUAAGAAUGGAGAACAUUUUGAGCGGUAAUCCGUUGUUAACGCACUAUUCGGCGGGAUCGAACAAAGCCGAUCACAAGGUGAAGAGGAGAUGGGACGAUGACGUGGUGUUUAAAAAUUGCGCGAAAUCCGAACCGGAGAAAAAGACGAAUGUUUUCAUAAACGACUCGCUACGAUCCGAUUUCCAUAAGAAAUUCAUGGAAAAAUAUGUUAAAUGAUGUUUACAUGUGUUCGUUAGAAUAACAUUUUCCUCAUAAUCCACUAUACAUAAAUUUAAAUACUUCAAUAAUUGAAUGGUUAUAAAUGUAAUAUAAAUUGCCACAUUACCUGCUGAGAGAUUCGUGAACUUUGGCGUUUUGCUAAAUUUAUAUUAAAUGAUUGUUCGAUAAAAUUAUUGCAAAAUGUUUAUGCAAUAAAAGGAUGUAAGCAUGGUAAAUGCAGUUAUAAAAUUAAACAUUUGUAGGUAAAUACAUGUAAGAGA